AUGCAAAGGUUGGUGAAAGAUGGGGUUCUUCAAGAUCUAGAUUUUUCAGAUUUUACUGCCUGUGUUGAUUGUAUUAAAAGAAAGUUAACGGCCAAGGUUAAAAAAAUUUUUAAGACGAAAGUUGAGCUUCAAAAGGGGAAGAAGAUCAAGGCAGUUAAUUCUGAUAGAGGUGGAGAGUAUUAUGGACGUUAUGCUGAAAGUGGAAGGAACCCCAGGCCUUUCACUAGAUACUUGAGUGAUCCUGGACUUAGUCACUGGAAAGCGGCUAAGAAGGUCAUGAGGUAUCUUCAGGGAUGCGUAGAUGAUAAAAGGUCCACUUCAGGCUACAACUAUAUGAUGGCUGGAGGAGCUGUUUCGUGGAAAAGUGGCAAGCAGACUCUCACAGCUUCCUUAACAAUGGAGGCAAAGUACAUGGCAUGUUAUGAGGCUACUUGUCAAGCAAUAUGGUUGCGGAAUUUCAUUUCAGCAUUGGGUGUUGUAGAAUCCAUUUCGAGGCCGCUGAAAUUGUACUGUGACAAUUCUGCAGCUCUCCAAUAUUUGGAGUAUUUGAAUCUUAGUUACAAUGAUUUCACUAAAAUCCCAAAGUUUAUAGGAGCCUUCACAAAUCUCAAAUAUCUUGAUUUUUCAGAUAAUUGUAUAACUGGAAAUAUUCCUUCAGAACUUGGAACCCUCACCAACUUACGUAUUCUUGACCUUAGUCACUCUAUUAGUUUGACUGCUAAUAGUUUCAAAUGGCUUUCUCAUCUCCCUUAUCUGAGAAUCUUUAAACUGGAUCAAACAAACUUCAACAAAGCCAAAGGCUGGUUUCAUUCAUUUAAAACAGCUCCCUCCUUAUCAACCUUACACCUAUAUGAUUGUCAAUUUCCAGAGCUAGAUGAUUCCUCUUUUUCUCAUAUCACAAACUCUACCAAUUCUAUCACAACUCUCGAUGUCUCUUAUAGUACAUUUGGGUCUACAACAGUUUCUCGCUUGCUUAAUUUGAGCAAUAAUCUUGUUGAUCUCUCUCUGUAUGAUAAUAAUUUCAAUAUCAAAGGCAGUCAUCUUCCAGAUGCUUUUGACAAUUUGAAAUAUCUUAGGCGUUGUUUCUUGCAAUUCAAUGAAUUUGAUGGGGAAGUGCCGAAAUCUAUAGGGAGUCUUUGUAAGCUUCAACAAUUAGUUUUGUCUCUUAAUGAAUUCAAUUCCACCAUGACUGAUAUCUUGGAAAGCCUCCUUGAUUGCAAUAACAACUCGUUAGAAACUCUUAAUUUGUCUCAGAAUAGACUAAAUGGACCACUGCCUAGAGAUUUGUCAAGAUUUUCGUACUUGAGAGAGUUGGAUGUGUCAUACAAUAAGUUCAGUGAUACUUUACCAGAGAGCAUCGGCAAUCUCUCUAGUCUUGAGUUCUUAGCCAUUUCCGGGAAUUCUUUCAUAGGAGUUGUCUCCGAAACACACCUUGAGAAACUCUCCAAAUUGAAACACCUUGACUUAUCUUCCAACUCUUUAACUUUGAAAACGAAUAUCACAUGGGUUCCUCCUUUUCAACUCCAAUAUAUCAAUUUGAGAUCUUGCACGAUAGGUCCACAACUUCCUUCUUGGCUUCAAACACAGUCAAAUAUUUCAUAUAUUGAUUUAUUUAGUUCUGGAAUAUCUGAUGUCAUUCCUAAAUGGUUUUUCAAUAUGACUUCCAAUUUAGAAUAUUUGGAUUUAUCUUCCAAUCUUAUCAACAGCACCUUCCCAAAUAGUCUAUUGGAAUCUAAUAAUAAGUCUCCAUACGUGUAUUUAAGCUCUAACAAAUUUCAUGGAUGUAUCCCACCAUAUCUUCUUCUCAAAGCACGUACAUUAAAUCUUUCCAAUAAUACUCUUACAUGUUUUGAGCCUCUCUUUUGCGAUCAAAUUGAUGGAACAAUGGAUUAUCUUGAUCUUUCUAAUAACCAGUUAUUUGGAAGCAUUCCAAACUGUUUGUUCCAUUUAGGAAAUUUGUUCUAUCUCAAUUUGAACAACAAUAGGUUGUCUGGUGUGAUACCAAGCUCAAUAGCUUCCUUGUAUAGUAUUGGGGUACUUGGUUUGAGGAAAAAUAACUUGUCAGGAACUUUACCAUCAUCCAUGCAGAAUUGUACACGAUUGUCACUUCUAGAUGUUGGAGAGAAUAGCUUGGGAGGAACUAUACCAAAGUGGAUUGGGGAAAUACUUACAAAUCUGGUUGUUUUGCAACUAAAGUCCAAUCAUUUUUAUGGAACAAUACCAUCAAGUCUAUGCCAUCUACAAUAUAUUCAGAUAUUGGACAUUUCCCAUAAUAGGAUAUAUGGAGCUAUCCCAUCUUGUAUGAAUAAUUUUACAUCCAUGGCGGAGAAAUCUAAAGAAUUUCGUAAUAGUUAUCAAUUUGGAUCAUUUGAGACAUCGAUAAUAUGGAAAGGAAUGGAAUAUGAGCAUAUACAAAAUUUCGAUAUAUUUAGAGUCAUUGACUUUUCAAGUAAUAAAUUGAUUGGAGAGAUUCCUAUGGAGUUGACUUAUCUUGUGGGACUAAAUCAGUUGAACUUGUCAAGAAAUAGUUUGGGUGGAGCCAUACCUCGGAAUAUUGGGAAUUUAAGUGGACUAGAAUCACUAGAUUUGUCUUAUAACAAUUUUAGUGGAAAAAUUCCUACUGGCUUGGCAGAAUUAUCUUUCUUGGCAUGCUUGAAUUUAUCAUUUAAUCAUUUGUCAGGAAAGAUCCCCACAGGUACUCAAUUGCAAAGUUUCAAUGCUUCUUCAUAUGUUGAAAAUUUUGGAUUAUGUGGACUUCCUCUUUUGACUGAAUGCCCUGGAGAUCAUGCAACUUCUAGAAAUCAUGACUUUAAAAACUACAAUGAACUUGAUCAAGAAUGGUUUGAUAUGUCAUGGUUUUUCAUUAGUCUUGAAUUUGGAUUUGCUCUUGGUUUUAUUGGAGUUUGUGGAGCUUCGUUCCUAAACUUUUAUCGGAGACUUGCUUAUUUUCGAUGCUUGAAUAAAUUUGAAGAUUGGCUUUAUGUGAUGAUAAGCGUUAGAGUUUCUAACUUGAAGAGAUACUUCAAUGCUAAAUGUGUUAGAAAGAGUCCUCUUCGAGACAGGACAAAUCUCCUUAGCAAUAGCUUGCAAUUUCAUUCAGCAUAA